UCUUUCUCAGCAUGUACACACCACAGCUCUGCCCGCUGGCGGCUGAAAAGCUCCGGUGAGAUCAAACUCAAUGACAGGAACGCUGGCACAUUUCUUGUUAAUCUUAUUUUCACCCCUCUUCUUUCAUAAAACAUCUGCCGGAACAGCAUCAAACGAGAAGGAAAUCCUCCUCAACCUCAAAAACGAUUGGGGGAACCCUCUUUCGCUCAGCUCAUGGAACCUCACCGGCGACCACUGCAAAUUCAACGGAAUAUCUUGCUCCGACGAUGGCUUUGUCGAGGGCAUAAACCUUUACAAUAGUAGCAUCUAUUUUCCGAUUCCUGCAUCCAUCUGUGAUCUCAAAGGUCUCGCCUUUCUCAAUCUCUCCGACAAUAACAUCCCCAGCAAAUUCCCCAUCGUUCUCUAUAACUGUUCCAAGUUGCAGGAGCUCGAUAUCUCCGACAACUACUUUUCCGGCGAACUCCCCGUCGACAUCUACAAGUUGCCGAGCAAUCUCACACAUCUGAAGAUCUCCGGCAAUAGCUUCACUGGCGAUUUACCCCCCGCCAUCGGCCGGCUUACGGCAAUCAAGUUUAUUAAUCUUAGUUAUAAUCUGUUCAACGGUACGAUUCCGGCAGAAAUGGGGAAUCUUUCGACACUGAUGACUCUAAUGUUGGCUCAGAACCCCUUCUCGCCGGCAAAGAUUUGGCCGGAAUUCGGCAACUUGACGAGUCUGACAUAUCUCUGGAUGUCAAACAUAAGUCUUUUAGGCGAAAUCCCCAUGAGUUUUGGGAAGCUUGUGAAUUUGGAACAUCUUGAUCUAGCAAUGAAUUCGCUUGUCGGUGAGAUUCCCGCAAAUAUUUGGAUGAUAAAGCCGCUGAAAUAUAUUUACUUGUAUGCUAACAAUCUCACCGGAGAGAUCAGUAGGACGGUCGCCGCCAAUGGGUUGGUCGAGAUCGAUCUUUCCAUGAACAAUCUCACCGGAUCAAUACCGGAAGCUUUUGGGGAGCUUCAAAACCUUACUCAUCUCUUCUUGUAUUUCAACAAUGUUUCCGGCGAAAUUCCGGCGAGCAUCGGCCGCCUACCGAAUUUGUAUGACAUAAGGCUCUUUAAUAAUAGGCUUGAGGGUGUUCUGCCGCCUGAAAUGGGUAAGUAUUCCAAGCUGUGGAAUUUCGAGGUGGACGACAAUAUGUUCACCGGCGAGCUACCGGAGCAUCUCUGCGAUGGAAAGGCACUGACUUGCAUAAUUGUCUUCGACAACCAGCUCACCGGCACACUGCCAGAGUCAUUAAGUAGCUGCGACACGUUGCUUAAUGUCCAGAUACAGAACAAUCAGUUCACCGGCGAGUUUCCUGCCGGAAUUUGGUCGGCGGUAAACCUAUCUCUUGUGAUUACAACUCAAAACUCUCUCAGCGGAACUCUACCAUACAAACUCCCCGCGAAUCUACAACGGCUUGAGAUCCAAAAUAACCAGUUUUCCGGAGGGAUCCCGUCGUCGGCGGGAGGGCUUUUGGUCUUCCACGGCGAUGAUAACAAGUUUUCGGGCGAGCUUCCGGCUAGCUUCUUCGACAUGUCGUUACUUCAAGAACUAUCACUAAGCAGAAAUGAGAUAUCUGGCGAGAUCCCGGCGGAAAUCGGGUCUCUGAAACACCUCAGCAUUCUUAAUCUAAGCGACAACCGCCUGUCCGGUAACAUUCCUGAUACAAUGGGAUCCAUGAUGCUCCAUCACCUUGACCUCUCAAAAAAUCAACUUUCUGGUGAGAUCCCUUCCAAUCUCGGUAACCUGAUACUCAGCUCUUUCAAUCUCUCCUUCAACGACUUCACCGGUGAGAUCCCAGUUCAAUUACAAAACCAAGCUUACGAACAGAGCUUCCUCGCAAAUCCAAACCUAUGCACCUUCGACUCCAUUUCCAGCAUCCAAACUUGCAAGAACCGACCAAAAAAAAUCUCAGCCGGUCUUCUCAUUCUCUUCUCCAUCCUCGGCGCCCUCAUUUUGUGCGGGGUGUUCCUCCUCUGUUUCCUCAUAUCCAAAGAACGCCACAAGCGUAAAAAAGCUCGCGCCAUUCCGUCAGACUGGAAACUCACCUCGUUCCAAGCAUUCAAUCUCAAUGAAGAAACCAUCUUCCACAGCCUCACCGACGAAAACCUCGUCGGAAGCGGCGGCGGCGGCAAAGUCUACCGCGUUUCUCUCAACCGCGAAACCGUCGCCGUCAAAAAAAUCUACAAUGCUCGCAAGCUCGAUUCUACUCUCGAAAAGCAAUUCGAAGCCGAAGUCAAGAUACUCGGCUCCAUCCGCCACGCCAACAUCGUUAACCUUCUAUGCUGCAUCUCCAGCGAGAAUUCAAAACUUCUCGUCUACGAAUACUUGCAGAAUGGCAGCCUUGACAGGUGGCUUCAUCGCCAGCAACGUGGAAACGCGCCUCCGCUAGACUGGCCGACGAGGCUCCAAAUUGCCUUCGGCGCUGCAAGGGGACUCUGUUACAUGCACCAUGACUGCUUCCCACCGAUCAUACACCGAGAUGUGAAAUCAAGCAACAUACUUCUCGACCCCGAAUUUAAAGCCAAGAUUGCUGAUUUCGGGCUUGCAAGGAUUUUAGAAAAGGGUGGGGAGCCGGAGACAGUGUCCGCGAUGGCGGGGUCGUUUGGGUACAUGGCGCCGGAGUGCGGGAAGAUUAGGAAGGUGAGUGAAAAGGUUGAUGUUUACAGUUUCGGAGUGGUGCUUUUAGAAUUAGCGACGGGGAAGGAUGCAGGGGAUGGCGGGGAAGAGGAAGACGAGAAUUUGACGGAUUGGGCGUGGAGAAGGUAUAAGGACAGAGGGGCGGUGGUAGAUGAGGAGAUCGCUGGAGAGUCGCUAGAAUGGAAAGAGGAGGCGGAGGCUGUGUUUAGGUUGGGGGUUAUAUGUACCGUAUCGGAUCCGAUUGCUAGGCCGACGAUGAAGGAGGUGGUGCAGGUAUUAAUGAAGUUGGGCGGCGGCGGCGUUUCUGGCGGCGGAUUUGCCGGCAGCGGCGGCGGAGGCAGUCCACUGUUGGUUGAGAAGAAUAGUAGUAGGAAGAAAAAGGUUGCAGAUGUUAUGGAGGAUAGUGAUGACAGUGGAAUUGGUCGAUAUACCGGUAUUGAUUCUCUGUUGUGAAUAGAGAUUCUCCGGCAAGUGGCGGCAUGGGCGGCGGCUUCUCUUAACGCCAGCGACCGCUGCUCUGCUUCGUUAAUUAAGUAAUUUCCUGCUUUAAAUUUUGCAAUGUGUACAUCAAAUAAGAUUUUCAUAAAAUAUUUAUCACUUAGGGGCUGUUUAGUAGCACCCAAGGUUUAAUUUAAAUUGCAUUUAAUAAAUCCUCUAAAUUUGGAUUUCCAAAA